AUGGACGCUGCCGACUCGACUUCGGAAACGCCAUCUGUUUUUGACCACGACAAUCUGGCGAUGGCUGCGCAGACGAAUUUGCUACAGGUACAUGCGUUUUUGAAGUUUUAAGUCUAAUUUUUUCAAGCAAUUCAGCUUUAUUUUUCUACUCUGGCUUCUGCUUUCACACCACCUGUCAAACUUGAGCAAAUCCAACAGUCUCCAACUCCCAGGUACCAAUAAUUUUGCUGCAGGAUCUUUUCCAGAAGUUAAGUCACUUUUUCAGUCAAGUCAGCAUUUCUGAAACGGACGAUUCGGCUUCUCCAGCUGCGGUAACCUCCACGAAGGCGUUCUUCUCGCUGCUUGGAUCGAAUACAACGACCAACAGUACCAGUGUAAGAAUGAUGCACAAAAACCGUAGCGACAGCAGGAUCACAACAUUACAGAACAUCGAAGGCAAGUCGAAUCGUAAACUGUGCGCGGUGUGUGGCGACAAUUCAACUGGUCUUCACUACGGAGCACCAACUUGUGAAGGGUGGGUAUAUAGGCUGAAAAAGUUUGGAGGAUCUCGAUAACUCAAAAUAUCAGAGCGAAAGGAAUCUGAUUCUACAGUAACCUCUUCAUCUGCACCCUCAGUGAUCUCCAAUAACAAAUCCCACGGGAUGUAUACACACAUACACAAAAAAAACUAUCUGGGCUAUUAUAGGCAUUAGUGAUCACAUCGGAUCGGGAAAGGGAAAGUCCAGUGAAAGUAGUGCGCCACAUCCCCCUCUCUUUCCCUCUCUCGCUCUCUUGAGGCCCUCCGAAAUUUGUGUGGCGGCCUUCAGGAUCUGAUGAUGGUCAAGGCCUUCAGCAUGACACGACGCACCGCCGAACACCCAGUCAGUGAAAUGUUGCGAAGGGCGAUCCUUCGAAUGUGUCACGCACCUCGCGCUCUUUCUUCCUCUAGUACACUGUCGCGACCCCAAUGGAAUCGGGAAGGGGGAGGUACUGCGAAAGUGGUGCACUUUAAAGCAGUUUAGAUAAGUUUUUCUAGGUCACACGCACCUCACCUCACUCUGGGUGGUCGUCGCAACUUUUGUUACUCUUUUUUCGGAGAAGUUUGUUGCGGUUGAAGUUGUUUCGUACUUCAUGGCUGAGUUAGUUUUAAUUUCGAAGUGCCCAAUUGGAAAGUACUGCUAGUGAAGACGUCACUCACAUCCCAGGAAGUUGAGCGAGCAGCCUGUUUCAUUGAAUUUCUGAAAUAACAAGAAAACACUUUUGAAGGAAAGGUUCUCCGUCCCCGACAUAUUUCUAAAAGUUCAGUUUGGCGAUAACAGUAAUAUCUCACGAUACUCAAAGUACAGAGGCCACCAGCAAAUUAAUUCAGUUCAGAUUGAAAAAUGUGAUAAUUCGUCUACCGCCCACCCUUUAGCCUCAUCUCUCCUCUGUUUUAAAUAAAACGUGGAACAAAUUAGUUCAUUACCGUUUAUCACAUCCAGGGUGGCCUUCAACUCAUGUUCUCUCCUCCAGAAGAGUCGGGAAGGGGGUGGGGGUCAAGUCGGAAAAGAUUUUGGAAGAAGGGGAAGAGAAUCGUCGGACAAGGUCGGUUCAACUGGUGCCACCAUCUGCGUACCUCUUCUCGUCACCUUCAUUUCAUUUCCCGCCCCCCACUCUCUCUCUCUUCGCACAACACAGCUAGCCCCUUCAUCCCUGAUGACCACGACCCAAUUCACAAUAUUUUCUUUAGUCUUUGUAGUUUUGUGUUUUUGUGACUACGAACUAGAUAGUGAGCAUCUGUUCACUUUUAAAAGUUGGCAAUAUCAAAAUUUAGAAUACUUGUUGGAAAAAUUAUCAAUUUUAGCACAAUCUGUCUGCAAUUGUCAGAAAAUUUGAGAGAAAAGAUUGCCAAAACCAAGUCUAUGCAACAUUCUCUCUUUUUCUCUUUUUUCCAACUUGAAGUUAUGGCAGACACGGGGCAAAAUGUGGGUAGGGGUGGUUGCGAGGGCAUCUUAAAGAACAAGGUCACUCACAGAGACCCCGAAGACGUCGUCGUCACUGUCUCUGUUGCCGUCUUCUUCUUCUUCUUCUUCUACUACUCCUCCUCCUCCUUUUUCUUUUUUGCGCAUUUCAUUUCUUUUCAACUUCACUAUCAUUUUAACCCCAGCCACCUACCUACCUACCCUCUUCCGUCACUUCUAUUCUCAUUCUUCAUACCGAAGCCAAAGCAGUCAAAGCAACAGUUUUGCGUGGGUUUCUUAUAUUUGACCCCCAUUUUAAUAGGGAUAGUGGGCCAUAUGUUCUCGAAGAGGCACCUGCUCCUCUCCAAAAUUGACCUCGACAUUUUGGUAUUUAAAUUUUUAUUCCUUGUUCCGCAGAAACGCGGCAACAGACGAAUGGGGUAGUUAAAUUUUGAUUGCAAGCAGCUUCUCGCAAUUUUUAUUCCUUUCAGCUCGGAACAUGCAUUAAAUAUAAAUAAAUUUCUUGCAGGUGCAAAGGCUUCUUCAAGCGGUCGGUACAGAACAAGAAGGUUUAUCAGUGCAGUUACGAGAACAACUGUGAAAUUGAUAAACUUAACAGGAACAGGUAUCGAGAUAACCAUAUUUUUCUUUGCAAAAAGUUAAUUUUCAGGUGUCAGUCGUGUCGUUUCCGAAAGUGCAUUGGCAAGGGCAUGUUAACUGAAGGUUAGAUGACAUCGCCCACACACAUUCUUACCUUUUUCUCAAACAUUUCUCUUUUAGCAGUGAGAGAAGACCGCAUGCCUGGCGGAAGAAAUGGGAACAGUAUCUACAGCAAUUACAAACAGAGACGGAGUAUCAUUCGCCGGACCAAAGACUAUAUUGCCGAGCAGGAGCGGCGGCCUUUUCAAAGUUUACCGAGUGGCAAGAAGCUUAUUAAAGUAGGCAGUUGAAGCUACAUUUUUCUGAUUGGGAUAUUAUUACUUUCAGGAACUAGUGGAAAUGGAUUGUUUGGAUCGGUUGAUCAAUUUGAAAGGUCUUCGCAUAAACCCUGCCGUCACAGCGAAUUGUGAUAUUGCUCCAGCGUGCAAGAGGCUUACCAGAAUCGGUAAUAACUUCAAUAUCCGGAAUAUAAUCGCAUCGUCCGUUUUCAGGGGACGAAAUAGUUGAGCAACUUGUGGAAUGGACGAAAACAUUACCAUUUUUCGACGAAUUGCCCGUAGAAGCUCAUACUCAUCUUUUGACUCAGAGAUGGGCGGAACUUGUUCUAUUAUCUGCUGGAUACUACGCUUGUUCGGUUUUCACGCCGGACUCCCCUGACACCACCGAAAUGAUUGAUGAAACCGAUGAAAUAUCCUUCACCAACCCUCAAGUCAACCUUCGUCUCCUUCAAAAUCGUCUCUCCGCGGUUCUCGGGAAGGAAAUUCCUUUGGAACAUGUCGCAAAGUAAAAACACCUUGUCUUCGGACUUCUAAUGUUCAUUACAUGUUUUAGGGAAGCUGGUCCGCUGGUCACUCGCUUCACAACUCUUCUGCACUCGUUCUCUAACCUCAAGGUCUCUCCGGAGGCUUACGUCUGCAUCAAGGCUAUCACUCUUCUUCAUCUCUCCGCUGAUUCGACUCUCGACAGAAAUAUCAUUGACAAGGUCAACACGCUCCAGGAUCACUUUGUGAAAACACUUCAAAUUCAUUUGCAUCAGCCGUCCGACGAGGCCUCCCAACACACAACAAGUCUGGCUCAGAUUCUUGACUGGUACGAGCAAACAGCUACAUAAUAUCUGUUUUGAAAACAUAAUUGAAACAAUUUCAGGCUUCCGGACCUUCGCAACGCUUCAUCGGUCCUUCUUCACUCCAAAAUGUUCUACGUCCCAUUUCUCCUUUGCAAAAACCCAAGGCGUUUAGUGUUUGACGAGUAG